UUGACCUUUAAAGGCGAGCUUUGCGACCAGGACGUCGACGAGUGUGCCAGUGACCCAUGCCGCAACGGUGGGAAGUGCCUCAACACGCGAGGCUCCUUUGUGUGCAAAUGCCCACCCGGAUUUGAUGGGGCACUUUGUGAAAGGCCAGUCGAUCCCUGCGACUCCACCUACGGACCGAUCUGCAGCAACGGGGGAGUCUGCAUCGCCGUGAACGGACGUCCCACCUGCCGAUGUCCUCCCGGCUUCAGUGGCUCUCGUUGCGAGGUGAGCCAGACCCACUUUUGUACUUAA